CAAUCGACCACUUUACUACAACGACACACAACAUUGCGCAUACCACCAUAGCCGCAGGAACAAACGAUCGAAAACAUGACAGAACUACAAGAAGAUGUUCAGAUGGAUACCCAAGACAUUGAGCUGGAAACACCACCUUCAGACGUCUUCAUGGCACCUUCAAUAUCCAAAUCAGGCAUUCUUGGCGGGAAGUCAUAUUCGCACUUCUCGCCCAUACCCAAGCAGAUUGCAGAUGACAUGUCUGGAGAAGUCGUGCUAGGUGUCGACGAGGCUGGACGAGGUCCUGUCUUAGGCCCGAUGGUGUACGCCCUCUUUUACCUACCAAUCGAACUUCACCAUUCGCUCCUCGCCGAAACGCACCACUUUGACGACUCCAAAGUCCUGACUCCCGAAGUCCGCUCGAACCUGAUGCGCAAACUGUGCACCCAAGGCUCAGAUCUCUACGAAGCUGGUGGAUGGGCAACACGCGUAAUGUCUGCGCAAGACAUCUCAGCGCAUAUGCUAUCCCCAAAUGUGUACAAUCUCAAUGCGCAGGCUAUGGACGCGACAAUCGACCUGAUCAAAGGAGUGCUGGCACAAGGCGUCAACGUCAAGGAGAUCUACAUCGACACAAUUGGCAAACCAGAAAUCUACCAGAAGAAGCUAGAGAGGAUCUGGCCCACAAUACGGAUCACAGUUGCGAAGAAGGCCGACAGCCUAUACCCCGUCGUCAGUGCAGCAUCGGUAUGCGCCAAGGUCACUCGAGACGCAGCCCUAGAUGUGUGUUAUGAACCCUACCAGAAGCGCAACACAGACGCGAAUGAAGACGCUGAAGUCAAGGUGGCUUGGGGUUCAGGGUAUCCAUCGGACGCGCGGACAACGACCUGGCUGAAGCAGAAUAUGGACCCUUUCUUUGGCUGGGGUAGCGAGACUCGCUUCUCGUGGGGAACCGCGAAAGAGCUACUUGAAGGGAAGAAAGCGGAUGUCACUAUUGACUGGCCUGCUGAAGACGACGGCAACGACAUGUGCAUGACAGACUUCUUCAGUGGCAAGAAUGAAGGCGGUGGUGACGAACUGGUUGACUGGUUCGGGAAGCGUGUCACUCAGGAGAUGGACGUAUUCUGAACGCUUCAUGACAGAGACUGUCACCACGAGAACCGCUGAAAGAACAAAACAUGCAGGACACAGCGGUCGGGCGCAUUUAUCGGUCCGUUCCAGACCCGCACCGGGCGUCAAUAUUGCAAGCAGGGUCUACCAACCGGCCAGCCUCACAAA